AUGAAAAAUAGUUUUAAGAGGGAGAGAGAAUUGAAUGCGAUUGGUGACCGGUGAAGAUGUCCCCGUCCCAAUCCAUCGGAGCGAGUCUCAGCCGAUUCCGACUCGGAAAUUCCGAUUGGUAGCCGAUUCCAUACGUCCUGCACUCAAAUCCAAGUUAUCAAUACCGAGUCGUCAUCCAGGUUCACCGUCUCACAAUCUCAACUCUACCCAACCGCACCGAUUCAACUACCAACUUCUGUGCUGUACUUUACUUGUUUUCAAUUUCCAACGUUUCUGUGCCCAUAAUCGAGCUCUCUCGCCCCUUUUUUCGCGCUAUUUUCUGCUGUUCCAAAAUUUCCACUCGAACCAUGUCGUCUUCUUCAUCGCCUGAGAAUGGGAACGAUCCGGAAACUGCCCGAAGAGACCGAAUUCUCUCCACCAAGCUGUAUUUUGAUGUCCCUUCUUCAAAGGUGCCGGUUAUUUAUUCGUCGUCGUACGACAUCUCAUUUCUUGGAAUAGAGAAGUUGCAUCCAUUUGAUUCGAAGAAAUGGCGUCGCGUGUGCCAAUUCCUUGUUGCUGCUGGAGUUUUGAGGAAAGAUCAAAUUGUCGAGCCUUUGGAAGCUAAGAAGAAUGAUCUUCUUGUUGUACAUCCCCAAUCAUACUUGGAUAGUCUGAAGAACAGUUUAAAUGUUGCAAAGAUCAUUGAGGUCCCUCCCGUUGCAGUGUUUCCUCAUUGUAUUGUGAAGAAUAAAGUUCAACGCCCAUUUCGUAACCAGGUUGGAGGAACUAUAUUAGCUGCAAAACUAGCAAAAGAGAGGGGAUGGGCCAUCAAUGUAGGAGGUGGCUUUCACCACUGUUCAGCAGAACUAGGAGGGGGGUUUUGUGUGUAUGCAGAUAUUUCUCUGUGCAUUCACUAUGCCUUUGUUCAGUUAAAUAUAUCAAGGGUAAUGAUUAUUGAUCUUGAUGCCCAUCAAGGAAAUGGCCAUGAAAUGGAUUUUGCCCAUGAUAGUAUGGCAAUUCAAUUUUUCGGUAAUAGCUUUCAACUAGCUCUCUUUCGGAAUGCUAAUGUUUUAUUUGUACUAGCAGGACGGGUAUAUAUUCUUGAUAUGUUCAAUCCUGGAAUAUAUCCAUUUGAUUAUGAGGCAAGGAGAUGCAUUGAUCAGAAAGUUGAAGUAGAUAGUGGGACCAAAACAAGCGAAUACUUGAAGAAAUUAGAAGAAGCACUUGAGAUUGCUGCCACUUCGUAUGAUCCAGACUUGAUUGUUUACAAUGCUGGGACUGAUAUUCUAGAUGGAGAUCCUCUGGGCUUGUUAAAGAUUAGUGCUGGCGGAAUAGCUAUGAGAGAUGAAAAGGUUUUCAAAUUUGCUCGAACGAGGAACAUUCCCAUUGUCAUGCUGACAUCAGGUGGUUACAUGAAAUCUAGCGCCAAAGUCAUAGCUGAUUCAAUCGAAAAUCUCUCGAAGCAGAGUUUAAUCGAUACAGGAAGCUCUCCGGGCUGAAUAUAGCUAGCAAGUGAGCUAUUUUGUUUCCUCUAAUAUUAAGUCAGUAGCACGUACCAUUUGGCAUAGCUUUUCUGUAAUAAUGUCUGUAUGCAUAUGUACAAAUUUGGGGCAGAACUGUGUUCCGGUACUAUAUCCAUGUCCCCCCAUGUGGGAAAUGCAUUAUUGUAACUUAUCCUCUGGUAAUUACCCAUGAAUGUUUAUAAAUACUGGAAUAGAAACAAACUCAAUGAUUAUAGAAUCUAACAGUUGAACUGUUAUUUUAA